CGAAUAAAACGAGCGAAUAAACCAUCGGUCCACUCCUUUGAAAUUCUUGUGCUCCCUGAAUAGUAAGGAUUCUCUUGCGUCUCGACCGAAACGGUUUUACUUUCCCAACAUGAAUCUUAAUCGGGUGCGUCACAAAAAUGCCUUAUCCAAGAAGUCGUUUAGCUGCAGCUACAUCGAUUUGAGCAUGGCACACAAGAAAGUGGACUACAACAAUGAAGAAAAUCGGAAAAUGAUUCUGAAAGAGUUUCGAAGAGUCCUGAAAGAUAUCUUGCAGCCCCACCACGACGACGAAUUCCUCCUCAGAUGGUUGAGAGCCCGGGACUUCGACAUUAUUAAAUCUGAGAAGAUGAUCAGAGAGAGCUUCAAGUUCCGCAAGAAAAUCGGGGCCGAUACUAUCCUGACGGAAGCUUACCAACUGCCGGAAGUCUUUCAAAAAUAUCCUGUCACCUACUCUCUUGGACUGGAUUCGGAGAACAGCGCUGUGCGACUUUUCAUGCCUGGCAUCUGUGAUUACAAAGGUUAUGUGUCAUCUCUAAAAAUGAUGGACUUAAUGAAACUACUAGUUUAUUUUCUUGAAUAUGACUUGAAUUUGCUACAGCAAAGAAAAGAGAAAAUUGGAAAUGUCGAUACAAAGUCAACCUUUAUAUUAGACUUUACAGAAUUUGAACUGAAGAAGUUUUAUGACAAAUCAGUGAUCAAUGCUGGCAUUCAACUCAUUACUAUGUACCAGGACAAUUAUCCAGAAACAUUAAAGGCAGCGUAUCUGGUCAAUGUGCCUUCCUACUUCAACUGGAUCUUCAACAUCUUCAAGCCUUUCCUGAAUGCAGUCACGCUCUCCAAAAUCAAAGUUUAUAAAACAGAUGAAUGGCAAGAUGAAGUAAAAAAGACUCUCGACCCCGCCGUGCUCCCCGCUUUCCUGGGAGGUACAAAGACCGAUCCAGACGGAAAUCCCAAAUGCCUCACAAUGAUCAACUGGGAUUCCAAGAUCGACCCUUCCUUCUACCUCAAGCAGAACAUGCUGCAGGGGACGGAGGAGGACGAAUCCAUGAAAACGACCACCGUCCAGCAGAGGUCUGUGUUCCAGCUGCCAGUGGAGGUGAAGAAGCCUGGAGCCCUCCUCAAAUGGGUCUUUAAGACCAAAGAUUACAACAUACGAUUCGGACUUUUCUACAAGAAGGAUGAAAAAUCCAAGCAGGAGGAGAUCCUGCCGGUCGACAACGUGGAUUGCCAGGUGAUACCAGAAGAAAACGAAUUCAUCUGCGAAAAGACUGGAAUAUAUAUUCUGCAUUGGGACAAUUCUUAUAGUUGGAUGACAGCCAAACAGCUCCUGUAUAAAGCUGAAGUAGAAGAUCCCAAUGAGGCAAACAAUAACUGAUUGCGAAAUUAUCUUUUUAAAAAUUGGUGUAAAAUUCUUUUUGUAAAUAAAUUUUUAUUCAGUUGUGUUGA